AUGGCGGAAGCUGCAGCUAAAACCGUGUUGGACAGGAUCAGCCAGGGACAUCUGGAAUGUCCGAUCUGUUGCUGUCGAUUCAAGGAUCCCAAGAUGCUGGACUGUCUACACAGCUUCUGCCUGAACUGUCUGGAAGAAAUGAUGAGCAAACAGAAGUCAGAGACAGAGAAGAUAACAUGUCCAGUCUGCAGGAGAGAGACGCAAGUUCCCGAUGAGGGAUUGCAGAGUCUUUCUUCCAGCUUCUUUUUGAUUUCUCUUGUCGAUGAAAUAAAAACACAGGAGCAGUUAUUAGGAAAGGAAACUACUAAUGCGUCAUGUGAAUCUUGUGAAGAAGGACAGGAGGCCGUAUCAAGAUGUCUUGACUGCAAGGAGAACAUCUGCAAGAAAUGCCAAGAGGCACACCAGUUUCUGAAGUACACUAAAGACCAUCGCAUCAUUCCAACAGAGGAUUUGGACAAAUUAAGGGUUUUACCAACAGAUGUGACCAAGGCUGUCGUACCAAAAUGUCGGGAGCACAUUGAACAGCCUUUAUGUUUUCACUGUGAAACCUGUGAUAUAUUGAUUUGCUCAAUGUGUGCUGCAACAGAACACCGGUCAGCGGAACAUAAGUUCGUUGGUAUAACUAACGCCAUUGAAUCAUUUCGUGAGAGUAUCAGGACUAUAUUGCAAAAGUUCGAAAAAAGCAGAGAGCAAUUCGCUUCAAACGAAGACUCGAUCAAACAUGCACGAAAUAGAUUACAAGAGAAACUGGCCCGGGGUCGUAGCGCUAUUUCUUCAAAAGCGGAGGCAGAGAUCGCUAAAAUCAGAAACAAAGCCGAGCUUCUCACCGAAAACCUCAACGAAAUCGGUCAGGAGAGAGACAGUGAGUACGAAAAUUCGCUCGUGCACAACCGUGACCAGAUGGAACGUGCAGAUCAGAUCGUCACGGCAGUAAAUGACUUGAUGAGACAAGCUGAUGAUUUCGAGCUUUUGGAGCUCAAGCCGAAGGUGAUGCACAACUUGGAAUUCCAGAAGGAGCUUAAGUGUAAACCGGCAAGGCUGGAUUUAGCAUUCAUCGGGGUCAAAUGUCAAGAUGUCGUCAGUGAUACGGAUCUGGGGGAAAUAUUGCUCGAAGAGAAAUGGCAGUUGAAGGAAGAGUUCGGCAAGGAAGGCAGCGGCGACGGGGAAUUCCAGUUGGCCAACAGUGUUGCACGGUUCAACAACGGGGACAUUGUUGUAACCGAUACAAUCCAGAAACGGCUAUCGUUGUUUACCUCCGAUGGGCAGCACAAAAAAUCGAUUGAUAAAGGAGCUGGUCGCCAUCAGUUGCAAGCUCCUUGGGGCGUUGUGGUUAACUAUGAUGACCUGCUUUUUGUCACAGACAUAAAUAAAGUGAAAGUUUUCGACUAUAAGCUACAGUUUGUUCGCCAGUUUACACCUUCGGUUAACGAUGCAGAGGGACUCUCACGGAGUGCUCUGACUGAUAUUGCUAUGGACACGCAACGAGUAGCAGUUGCUGACUGGGGAAGAAAGAUCAUCAGUGUUCACAACUUGGACGGAUCGAUGAUUGCAACCACAACUAAUGACAUGGUUAACUAUUACAUAGCAAUUACCGACAAAAUUCAAGAUCGCCUGAUCUUCACAAACUACAGGAAGAAUAGGUUGCUGUGCGUUGACUUUAAGGGCAAUGAGAUGUUCAACGUAAUGACCUCACUGAACGGGAAACCUGCGAAACCGACUGGUGUUCUGUGCGAUGAUGAUGGGAGCAUCUAUGUCGCCGUUCACGCCGAUACAUUGGGCAAAAGUGUUGUGCAGCACUACAACUCAGAUGGUGCAUUCAUAUCGACGGUUGCUCGAGGGUUGUACAAUCCAUUAGGAAUGGCGUUCACCCCCGCUGGUGGCGUCGUUGUCGCAGACAAACACUCCGUCAAAUUCUUUCAGCGGAUGUGA